CUUUCGGCUGUUGUCGUAGACCUAAGACAAAUCCUCCAUGCUAAGCUACUCAGUGUCAAAUCGAGAAAGAGCAGACGGGGAACCUUGGGGCGAAGUUUUGAGAAGGCCAGGAGACGAGUAUGGGGUUGGUCACCCCCGCACAUCCACCGCUGGAGUGUCUCCAGUCUGUCCGUCAGUGAACGCCAGGUCAUACACCAGCCACUCCCACAUCACUCAAUUGUAUUAUGUGACGCUUUCGGCAAACUCGGAAGCAACACUCUAAACAAGAGAAGGAGCGGAAUUCCCUUUUAGUUUUUCACAGUAUAAAUGUCUUUAUAGUCAUGUAAACGGAUUUCUUGUCUAAAGACGACGCAUCGACAUUUGGCUCUUCCAGAACUAUCAAAAUAAUUUAAUUUAUGCAUUCGCACAAUGUCCAAUAAAACCAACAAUUUACAGAAAGCCAUUGACUUGGCAAAUAAGGCAUCAGAGGAAGAUAAAGCCAAAAACUAUGAGGAAGCCCUGCGUUUAUAUCGACAAUCAAUAGAGUACUUUUUCCAUGUGAUGAAAUAUGAAGCUCAGGGAGAGAGAGCCAAGCAGAGCAUCAAGGCCAAGUGUAUCGACUACCUUGAGCGGGCAGAAGAACUGAAAGUACACCUGGAGAAGAAAGAAAAGGCCCCACCUGGCAAACCUGUGAAAGAGUCGGACAGCAAAGGAGCUGACAGUGAUGGAGAGGACCAAGAGAAAAAGAAGUUCCAAAACCAGCUUCAAGGUGCAAUUGUCAUGGAGAAGCCAAACAUUAAGUGGAGUGAUGUGGCUGGUUUGGAGGGAGCUAAAGAGGCAUUGAAAGAAGCAGUCAUUCUCCCCAUCAAGUUUCCCCACCUUUUUACAGGAAAAAGGACUCCAUGGAGAGGCAUCCUACUUUUCGGCCCUCCAGGAACAGGAAAGUCCUAUUUGGCUAAGGCUGUGGCCACUGAAGCCAACAACUCCACAUUCUUCUCCAUCUCUUCCUCUGACCUGGUGUCCAAGUGGCUUGGAGAGAGUGAAAAGUUGGUGAAAUCCCUGUUCAGUUUGGCCCGAGACCACAAGCCCUCCAUCAUCUUCAUUGAUGAGAUUGACUCCCUGUGCGGCUCCAGAAGUGAUACUGAGAGCGAAGCUGCACGUCGUAUUAAAACAGAGUUCCUGGUCCAGAUGCAAGGUGUUGGAAACGAUAAUGAAGGCGUCCUUGUGCUUGGAGCAACCAACAUCCCUUGGACACUGGACUCAGCCAUUAGAAGAAGGUUUGAGAAGCGCAUCUACAUUCCUUUGCCUGAGGAAGGCGCCCGCUCUAUCAUGUUUAAGCUUAAUUUAGGCACCACUCCCAAUGACCUGAGUGAGGCAGACUUUGCCACUCUCGGGCAUAAGUCAGAGGGCUACUCUGGUGCAGAUAUCAGCGUCCUCGUUCGUGAUGCCCUCAUGCAGCCUGUCCGCAAGGUGCAGUCUGCCACUCACUUCAAACAGGUACGAGGAAAGCAGUGGAACAAUCCAGAUGAUGUGGUUGAUGACCUUUUGACCCCAUGCUCUCCAAGUGACCCCAAUGCCAUAGAGAGGACCUGGAUGGAAGUGUCAGGCGAUGAACUUUUGGAGCCGAUUGUUACCAUGAAGGACAUGCUGAAAUCCCUCGAGAGGACCAAACCUACUGUCAAUGAGGAAGACUUGGAGAAACUUACAAAGUUCACAGAGGACUUUGGCCAAGAGGGCUUAUGAUCUGCACAGGAAAUGACACCACAGUAAUACCUAUAUGACUAUUUAUCUUUCUGUCUAGUACUAUACCAUUCCUUCAGUGUUUUGUCUGAGAGUGCCAAAGGCUUUUUCUGCUUAUUGCAAUAAAAACAUUGUAAAAUUAAA